AUGACAUCAAGAGGAAACCAAUCAGUAUCACCUCCUGCUCAAUUAUCUCAACAGAGACACGUAAACCUAAUUUCUUCAAGCACACCGCCACCCCAGCAGUAUUUUCAAGGGUCAUCACCUUCCCUACCUCAAGGUGCGUAUGAGUUCUUACCUCAGGCACAGGGCCAAGCCUAUUUGCCUUACCAGACUGUCCAGGCUUAUGGCAAUGCCAUAAAUGACAUCAGAGGACAGCCUGGCAACAAUGGGAGGGCCGGACCCCUCCCACAGAGCCUCCCCCAAGGAGGCAGUUAUUAUCAGCAUGGCCCCAGCAUGAGGCCUCAGCAGAUGCAGCAGGCCCCUGCAGCCAGCCAGCAA